GGUAUUGAGGUUAGUGAGUGAGUGACAGGCUGGAGCUCAAAGCUGUCUGAUCAUCGAUCAUAUUAGUGUACUAAGGUGUUCGGCGCUUUUGCAGUUCAAUCUAGAUUGCAGACGAAGCAAACAGACGGUGUGUGGCUAUUACCUGAACUGACUGUUGUCGCUGCAUUCUAAAGCUGAGUUUUGAAUGAACAUUAGGUGACACUGUCAGGUCAAUAUCAGAGAGCUGUCCGGAUUUGGAGUCAGAGAAGACUGAGUGAAUCUGCAUCCCGAUUUCGGACGCGCUACACACAUUCACAGCUGAGAGGAAUGUCGCGCACAUGAAGUUAUGGAUUUCAAAAAGACUCUGAUUACUUCCAGAACCAAUUCUUUGGAGAUUUGAUAGGGGAUUUCUCUCUCUCUCUCUCUCUCUCUCUUUUCCGAAACUGGUUUGUUUUCGCGCGCGGGGAAUUCGUUUUUAUCUUGAAACCGUAAUUUCAGAACCAGUCGUCCAAUAAUGUUCCAGCACAAAAAGUGUUUCACGAUUGAAUCUCUAGUUGGAAAAGACUCGAACUCCUCCAGCGUUGGAGAUGAACCGAUUCGCCCCACUGCUCUGCGGUACACCGAGUCUGUGCAUCCGGCUCCGUUCGGCAGCUGCUUUCAGAACUCGGCUCGGACGCUGUACGGGAACGUUAACGCGGACAUGAUGUUCCCAGAUCCUGGCUCCCAUUCGGCCAACUCUGCGCUGGCGCUGCGGCACCUGCCCAUUCCCACUCAGCCCUUCUUCAGUCCACACCAGCGGGACAGCCUGCACUUCUACCCCUGGGUGCUCAGAAACCGAUACCUUGGACACCGCUUUCAAGGUGAGGACAGCAGCCCGGAAAACCUGCUGCUGCAUGGACCAUUCUCGCGCAAGCCCAAGCGCAUCCGCACAGCCUUCUCCCCCUCGCAGCUGCUGCGACUGGAGCGUGCGUUUGAGAAGAACCACUACGUAGUGGGUGCAGAGCGUAAGCAGCUGGCCAAUGGCCUCUGCCUCACUGAGACCCAGGUAAAGGUAUGGUUUCAGAACCGGAGAACCAAGCACAAGAGGCAGAAACUGGAAGAGGAAUCGCCCGAGCUGCAGCAGAAGAGAAAGGGCAACCAGCACGUGAAUCGCUGGAGAGUAGCUACUCAGCAGGGCAGCGGGGACGACAUAGACGUGAUCUCCGAGGACUAACGUCAUCGACGCAUGUACAGUAACUCUCUGCAGCUCAGUCAUAGUUAGUGGGAAAAACCAGAGAAGAAAUAAUGAACAAACUAAGCUAAUACCAUUCGAGUUCCAGACCUAGUCAUGAAUCGACUUGGCUGUUAAACCUAAGGAACAGAAAUCUGUGCUGUCAGCUGAAAAUUAUGUGUGAGCGGGCACAGCGAGGAUGCCUCAGCUCGAACUGCUCCAAAAGAAUUGAUUCCAAGACUUUUCGUAUGCAAUACAAACAGACCUCUACAGUUUGGGACUCCAUCACAGAGCAUCAAAGAGCGUCUAGUUUUUCACUCCACUUCUACCGUCCACUUGAACAUUUCCAUCUCAAUGUAUUAUGUUCACUCUGGUUAAGACAACAUUCUGAUGGAUGGAUUGUUGUUUGUUUUGUACUGUUGAAUUGUCAAACUGCUCAACCGCGUAGUUUAAUUCUCUACCGAAGUCGAACUCUCAGCCUUAGAUGUACAUUGAGAUAUUUUGUGGAUUUCUGUGUUAUGCAAUGUUUUAAAAAAAAAAUUGUUUUUUUUUUUUACC